UUUGCCGAGGGGUCUUGGGCUGGGGCGGACAGUGUACGGGAUGGAGGCGACUUUGGAGCAGCAUUUGGAGGACACAAUGAAGAAUCCAUCCAUUGUUGGAGUCCUAUGCACAGAUUCACAAGGACUUAAUCUGGGCUGCCGUGGUACCCUGUCGGAUGAGCAUGCUGGAGUGAUAUCUGUUCUCGCCCAGCAGGCAGCUAAGCUGACCUCUGACCCCACCGACAUCCCUGUGGUGUGUUUAGAGUCAGAUAGCGGGAAUGUUAUGAUCCAGAAACACGAUGGCAUCACAGUGGCUGUGCACAAAAUGGCCUCUUGACAUCUGAUGCCAGCUCUCCAGUGGUCUCCCACCGGGAUUCAGUCAUGCCUGUCUCAGUUAACUUGUAAAACUAUUAAAGUUCCAGAAAUCGGGCCAUUCACUUAA